GGCGGGGCAGGCGGCGCAGCGGGGCCGCGGCCAUGGGGGGCUUGAAGGACCAGCUGCUCAAGGCCAUCUGGCACGCCUUCACCGCGCUCGACCUGGACCACAGCGGCAAGGUCUCCAAGUCCCAGCUCAAGGUCCUUUCCCAUAACCUGUGCACAGUGCUGAAGGUUCCACAUGACCCUGUUGCCCUUGAGGAGCACUUCAGGGAUGAUGAUGAGGGGCCCGUCUCCAAUCAGGGCUACAUGCCGUAUUUAAACAAGUUCAUUUUGGAAAAGGUCCAAGACAACUUUGACAAGAUUGAGUUCAAUAGGAUGUGUUGGACCCUCUGUGUCAAAAAAAACCUCACAAAGAGUCCGCUGCUCAUUACGGAAGAAGAUGCAUUUAAAGUAUGGGUUAUUUUCAACUUUUUAUCUGAGGACAAGUAUCCAUUAAUUAUUGUGCCAGAAGAGAUUGAAUACCUGCUUAAGAAACUUACAGAAGCUAUGGGAGGAGGUUGGCAGCAAGAACAAUUUGAACAUUAUAAAAUCAACUUUGAUGACAGUAAAGAUGGCCUUUCUGCAUGGGAACUGAUUGAGCUUGUUGGAAAUGGACAGUUUAGCAAAGGCAUGGAUCGGCAGACAGUGUCUAUGGCAAUUAAUGAAGUCUUUAAUGAGCUUAUACUAGAUGUGUUGAAACAGGGUUACAUGAUGAAAAAAGGCCAUAAACGGAAAAACUGGACUGAACGCUGGUUUGUACUAAAACCUAACAUAAUUUCUUAUUAUGUGGGUGAGGAUCUGAAAGAUAAGAAAGGAGAUAUUCUCUUGGAUGAAAACUGCUGUGUAGAGUCCCUACCUGACAAAGAUGGAAAGAAAUGCCUUUUUCUUAUAAAAUGUUUUGAUAAGACCUUUGAAAUCAGUGCUUCGGAUAAGAAGAAGAAACAGGAGUGGAUUCAGGCCAUUCAUUCUACCAUCCACCUGUUGAAGUUGGGCAGCCCCCCACCACACAAAGAAGCCCGCCUACGUCGGAAAGAACUCCGGAAGAAGCUGCUGGCUGAGCAGGAGGAGCUGGAACGACAGAUGAAGGAGCUCCAGGCUGCCAACGAAAACAAGCAGCAGGAGCUGGAGACCGUGAGGAAGAAACUGGAAGAAGCAGCAUCUCGGGCAGCAGAAGAGGAAAAGAAACGCCUUCAGACUCAAGUGGAACUACAGGCCAGGUUCAACACCGAGCUGGAGCGAGAGAAGCUUAUCAGACAGCAGAUGGAAGAACAGGUUGCCCAAAAGUCCUCUGAACUGGAACAGUACUUGCAGCGAGUACGGGAGCUGGAAGACAUGUACCUAAAGCUGCAGGAGGCUCUUGAGGAUGAGAGACAGGCCCGGCAAGACGAAGAGACUGUGCGGAAGCUUCAGGCCAGGUUGUUGGAGGAAGAGUCUUCCAAGAGGGCUGAGCUGGAGAAGUGGCACUUGGAGCAGCAGCAGGCCAUUCAGACGACCGAAGCGGAGAAGCAGGAGUUGGAGAAUCAGCGCGUUAUGAAAGAACGGGCCCUUCAGGAAGCCAUGGAGCAGCUGCAGCAGCUCGAGUUAGAGCGGAAGCAAGCGCUUGAGCAGUAUGAGGGAGUUAAAAAGAAGCUGGAGAUGGCGACUAAUAAGACCAAGAGCUGGAAGGACAAGGUGGCCCAGCAUGAAGGAUUAAUUCGAUUGAUAGAACCAGGUUCAAAAAAGCCUCACCUGAUCACUAACUGGGGCCCUGCGGCCUUCACUGAGGCAGAGCUGGAAGAGAGAGAGAAGACCUGGAAAGGAAAAAAGACCACGGAGUGAGCCUGAGCGAGCGCAGAGAGCUCGUGUCAGUUAUGUCGAUUCCAAGCGUAGCUGGAAAGCUCUCUGCUCAAGACACACGGACCUGGCUUGGCUGUUUCUCACUCCUCUGCCUUCAGCCCUCCUGCUGGGUCAGUGUCCUAAGGAAGGCUUCUUACUGAUCGUCCUGCAGAUAAGGGCUAACCUGAAAAGGAAAAAAAGGCAACAUUGUCAAGCUCUUUAUUUACUCUUUCUUUGAAAACUUCAGCUUCUGAAAAUUCCCUUUUAGCCUCUCAGAUUCUUGUCAGAAGGCGCGGCGUGCAAACAGUGCAGUGGGCACUGUUGUCUGCAGCGUUAGGAGGGGGCGGGAGGCGCUCAGGAUCACCGGCCGUCAGAACCUCCGUGGACGGACGCGUCAGUUGUUUCCUUGGGCAGCAUGGUUCCUUCUCGGGGUAUGUUUCUGAACUAGGUUGGCCCGUCUGCUUGCCGGUGCCUGUCAGCUGACAUCGCAGGCCUCUGACCCCUGCUGCUCUGAUGGAGAAGUCAUUGGCACACGUGGACCUGCCUUGAUUAAGCGGUUACGGUCCACGUGUGCGGUUGUGCAGAAGGUUUCUAGUUAACAGUGUUACUGAUUCAUAUCCCGGCUUCAGCAGCAAUGUCUCGGAGGCAGAAAUCCCUUUAAACAAUGCUUUGGCUAAGAUAGAUCCUUGUGAAUCAAAGACAGCACAGAGACGCACAAAGUAAAUCCCGUUGGAAUGACAUUUUGCUACUAACUGAAUUCCUCCUCAUAUUUAAAAGGGUUUCAGCUGUCAAAGUGCUGACAGACCCCUGGGUUUUCCUUUUGUAGUUACUGUACAGAGAAUUUCAGGAGUGUGUGAAUGCUUGUCAUAAUCAGGCCUUUUCCUUAAUAAAUAGAGAUAUGAUCAUUUAUAGGAAUUAUACAUGAAAAAAGUUUUAAAAAUGUAUUUUUGUGAUGUGCUACGUUGAGAGGGAACAAAAUAUUUAUGAUUUUAAAACAUUCUUACCUAAAUAUUGUACAAUGUAAUAUGCUGAACUUUCUUAAAUUUUUGCUAAUUUUCUAAGAUAUAUUAAAAAUGUUUUGUAUUUUUUUUUUUUAGUAAAAUGAACUCAGUAAGAAAAUAAAAAAUACCAGAAAAACA